AUGCCUUCUAUCGUUGGCAAUCUUGCUUGUCAGCGCAACUCGUAUCUACGGCGACUGGAGACCACUGUUGUGUCCUGCGUGCCCAGUACUCCCAAGAAUAAUUCCAGCGGCACUGGAAGCUCGGAAGAAAAGUUGAAAUCCAUCCCAUUAGAGAAGCGGCCAGCGGCUGACUUGAAAUCGUUCGAAAUCGAGUUUGAGGAUACGGUACUCUUUCCAGAAGGUGGCGGUCAACCGGAGGAUCAUGGACUAAUCAAACUCUGCGAGAGAACACAUGCAUCCCAACCAGCUGAAAUCCUCAUUACUCGCAUAGCUCGGCAUGGACUGCGCGCCGUACACUUCUCCUCGUCACCGCUCGAACCAGGCACUAAAGUUGUACAGGAAGUAUCUUGGGAUCGAAGAUGGGACCACAUGCAGCAGCACACGGGCCAGCAUCUUCUGAGUGCAGUUAUGGAUACAUACCAAGGCCUCGAGACUCUAGGGUGGAGUAUGGGGGCCAGUCCUUCCCUUAUGCCCAACAUGAAUUUCGUCGAGUUGGGUCGGAAACCAACGGACGCAGAAAUUUCAGAAAUCCAGCAUAGAUGUAAUAGUAUUAUAGCAGAGAACCGUCAGGUCACCGUUGACACACCGUCGGAUGCAGACACCACUUCUCUUCCAUCUGAUUACGACGCGUCACAAGGACUUGUUCGGGUUGUCAAAAUAGACGGCAUCGAUGAAAAUCCAUGCUGCGGAACCCAUCUCUCUCAAACAUCCCACAUCUCACUCAUUCUUAUCUCCCACACUCAACCCAUUCGAGGCACUAAUACACGUCUAUACUUCACUUGCGGCCAACGUGCCAUAACCCUCGCCACGUACUCCAUCCGUGCCGCACGGUCCAUCGCGGGCAUUGUAUCUGCAUCCAUCUCCGACUUAGAGAACGUGAUUUCGAAGGUUACGAAGAUAGAUCUGGAACUAAGGGACGCGAAACGAGCAAAACGGAGGCUCGAAGCCGAGUUGGCUAAGUUCGAAGCAGAGAAUAUUAAAAGAUCCUUCAAUGGAGUCACCCAGAUUAUGGAAGAGAGCGGAAUGGCCUCCAACAAUUCGUCAGCCGGGAUGGACUUCAUCCUUUCAUUGCAAUCCGAACUAAAACAACCCCUUACCAUGUUUCCAAACUUAACCUACGACACAACUGGUCUCACCAUUCUUGUAACUCCGACAACAUACCGUGAUGUUGGCCAAGGUGGCAUCACGAAAGAAGAUGGUCCAGGUCCGAUGGUGAUCCUAGGCGACCCCACGCUCGUUGCGAAAGCCACAGAGCGGAUACGCACUGAUCCUAUUCUCACAGAUCCCCCUGUCCAACCUGCCACCAGGGAAGGGGCCAAGAAAGCCGGAAAUUCGGGCGGUGGAGGGAUCAAAGGAGGCGGGAAAGGUAGCCGAUGGCAAGGAAAGGCUCUGAAACUAGGGACGGCUCAAAUCAAUGCCUUAAGAGCCAUAAGUUACUCAAACUAG